AUGUCAGAUCAGAAAUACACCGAAACAUCUAACAAUCAAAUCCUUGAUGGUAGCCAAACUGAAGGAGCAUCAAAUGAAAGAAGAGAAAUUGUUGCACCAACACCAACUACUGGAUCUGACAUAUCAAAUAUAUUACAAAAAGUAUCUUUAACCGAAAAUGAGUCUGGCACAAGUGUUAAUAACAGCAUUAAACAACAAGAUCAACAGCAAGAUCAACAACAACAAGAUCAACAACAACAAGAUCAACAACAACAAGAUCAACAACAACAAGAACAACAACAACAAGAUCAACAACAACAAGAUCAACAACAACAAGAUCAACAACAACAAGAACAACAACAACAAGAUCAACAACAACAAGAUCAACAACAACAAGAUCAACAACAACAAGAACAACAACAACAAGAUCAACAACAACAAGAUCAACAACAACAAGAUCAACAACAACAAGAACAACAACAACAAGAUCAACAACAACAAGAUCAACAACAACAAGAUCAACAACAACAAUUAAAUAAUGCUUCUGAUUACGAUGGUCCAAUUCCAAUACCUUGGGAGUCAGUAGUUUUUGAUGAUACAAAAUAUACCUUGGAGUGGAUCGACCAACAUCCAAUUCAAUAUACUGGUGAACCAAAUGUUGUCAGCAUUGGACAACGGGAUAAUUCAUUGGCUUUUGUAAACGGUAAGAAGGAUGCAAGUCAUGAACACUUGACUGAAAUCGACUAUGGUGAAGUGGAUGAUAAAAAAACAGAAGAUGCUAGCUUUAAAUAG